AUGGUAUCCCGCAAUCUCUCUAACAUACAAAAAGUGCACUCAAUCCGAACGGCUGCACUCAAUUGUGUGUGUGGACAUUUCAACCGUCGGUGUUCGCUUCGACUCACGGAUAAUGUCGCAUGCCUGAUCGCUGGUAUUGCAAAAGCGCCGGACGUGAAUGCACUCACACCACCACCGCCAAAACCCCCGGAUCAUUGCCGUCGUUCCUGCUCGCUGUUGGCGAUAUUCUAUAGCCGUGUAUUUGUGGUACUGCUGGUAGUCGUCGACGUCAUUCUGCCCCAUCGAUUCAUCCACUAUCAGCAAACUCUCUAUCUGCUGCUCUGGUACUAUUCGAGGACUGCUUUAUUGGAAAUCAAGCACAAACGGGACUCUGGUGUGAUGAUGCUAGCAAAUUCGCCCAGCACAUCUUCUUCACCAGAAGCAUCUGAAGAGCUGAGCAUCUUUAAAAUUGGCCCAGACGACGCAGAUGUUGGCGAAGCUGAGCGUCUCAUGUAUAAUGCUAUCUCUAGCUACUCUAGUCUCAGCAGUCCUCAAGUAAGCCGCAAACGAAAGAAAACAAAGCUGGUUGAGCGGGUGUUCCGACCCAUAUCAGAUGAUUGGUUCUACUUACUUCUCCUUGGGGCAUCCACUGCUUUGUGUUCGUUGACAAUGGAAUUUGCCAUCGAGCGGUUGGCAGAAUGGCAAAUUGCUAUGUACGAUAGAGCAGCACUUAUCGAAGCAAAGAAUCAUUAUGCAUAUACUUUUUUCGUGUGGACUGGUUAUGCAGUAUUCUUAGUGGUUUGCUCGGCCGCGUUUGCUCAUUAUUUCUCCCCUCAAGCUAUAGGAUCAGGAAUUCCUGAAAUGAAGACUAUCAUGCGCGGCUUUGUGUUAAAAGAAUACCUCUCACUGAGAACACUCGUCUGCAAAAUGAUAGGACUUACACUUUCUUUGGGUAGCGGACUGCCAUUAGGAAAAGAGGGUCCAUUCGUUCACGUCUCUUCUGCAGUUGCGAGUCAACUUUCACGUUUCAUGAUUGGUGAAGAAGGAGCUUAUGCCAAUGAAUCGAGAUCGCAAGAGCUGCUUGCAGCUGGAUGCGCUGUUGGCGUUGCGUGCACCUUUAGUACACCCAUUGGAGGCGUUUUAUUUUCUAUAGAGGUUACCUCUGCAUAUUUUGCUGUCAGAAAUUAUUGGAGAGGAUUCAUAGCUGCUCUUUGUGCUGCAACAACGUUUCGGAUAGUCCGGCUGAUUGCGAAGUCUUCGGAAGUAACCGUGAUGGCCUAUGGUCAGACUCGAUUUCCUGAUGAGUCAUAUUUUCCCGAGGAGAUUCCUGUGUUUGCCUUUGUGGGAUUGCUAUGUGGUCUUGGUGGAGCACUUUUCAUAAAGUGUCACAGGUCUUUGGUUUUGUUUCUAACAAAAUCACGCUUGUGCAAAGCAUUUAUGGCGAAGCACUGGCUUCUCUAUCCGCUAUCUAUGUCUUUUGUCGCAGCUUCUAUCACUUAUCCAAAAGGUUUAGGACAGUUCUUAUCAGGAAGACAUAGAUUUUCACAAACGUUGCUGAUGUUUCUCUCAAAUUGCACCUGGUCCGCUGGCCCAGGCCGUGUUGAAUCCUGUGCUACAGGGUUUCUGGAUCAGUGGAAUGGCAGUGGCACAAAUAGUGUUUGCAUCACUCUUUUAUUCUUCACUGUUACUUUCUUCGUGCUAUCGAUGGUGGGGUCAACACUGCCUAUUCCAGCUGGUAUAUUCAUGCCUGUAUUUGUAAUAGGAGCUUCGUUCGGGCGUUUGGUCGGCGAAACAAUGGCGAUACUUUUUCCGGAUGGCAUACGCUCCAAUUACACCCUGUUAAUACAUCCUGGAGUCUAUGGAGUUGUAGGUGCUGCUUCGUUUUGCGGAGCCGUCACGCAUACAAUCUCUGUUGCCGUUAUCGUCUUUGAAUUCACUGGCCAGCUCAUGCACAUUUUACCAGUCAUGAUUGCAGUCAUCGUCGCCAACGUUGUAUGCUCAUACUUCCAACCUUCAAUCUACGAUAGUAUCAUAAUAAUUAAAGAGCUGCCUUAUCUUCCGGAAGUCUCUCACUGCUCUCCAGACUUCCACUCGAUUGUCGCAGAACAGAUAAUGGUUACCGAUCUGAAGUACAUAUGGAAAGACAUGACUUAUUUUGAAAUGAAAUCCAUGAUAGAGUCCAACCGUCGACUCAAGUCAUUUCCUGUAGUACUUGAUAAAGAAUCGCUGAUUCUUCUCGGAUCUGUUAGCAAAAAAGUACUGAGCGACCUAAUCGAGAAUAAAGUUGGGCCUCAAGCACGACAGCUAGAAGCCGCUCGUCGUCUUCAAACGGCAGUCGUUUCGCAAGACUGUAGAAAUCUUUCUAGCGCCUCAGUGGAAUAUCAUAAUGAAAUGGAACCCAGCAAGCACUUCUACACCCGAAAAUACUAUUCAUCCGCUCAACUGCCACUAUUAGGGAAAAGAUCGCAAAACUCAAACGCAGAGCAUUCCAAUAGUAGAUGUUCGAAACUUCUUCACUGCGUAGCGGUGGAUGGAUCUUGCAGCGAAUGCGACAAAGUUUUCAAGAAAGCUGCACGUGUCGAGAAAGAAUUGAGUAGGGUUCUAUCGGAGCAGCGGAAAACAUCCUUUACAGAUACAACGAAGAAAAUUUGCUCGGAUGUCUUGCGGCGGUCGUUAUAUCGAAUAACAUAUCCAAGGCGCAAGAAAGGAAUGUUCGACUUGUAUGGAGAAGAGCGCGCUCAAUGGGAAGUUGAGCAGCUUUCCAGUACACUUGAUCUGCUGCCCUGUCACAUGGAUCCAGCUCCAUUUCAGCUAGUUGAAAAUACGUCAAUAUUUAAGAUUCAUUCCGUAUUCUCACUUUUGGGCUUACGGCGAGCGUAUGUGACAAAGUUUGGUCGAUUGGUUGGAGUUGUAUCACUCAAAGAGUUACGAGCUGCUAUCGAAAACAUCAACAGCACACCAGCGACAAGCCUUUCCGCUGCAGACGAGGCUAACGAAGCUAUGCUGAGCGUGAACCACGUGUAAAAUUGAAUAUCACUUCCCUUUACGUGCAAUCGACACUCUCUUAGAUUUAGUAUGAUCUCUGAGAGAUUCUAGUCCUAUUUAGGAGGGUUCUCUCUAUUGUGAUACAUUGUUGUGCAGAUUUUCACUUAUUACUUGUACUUCUAUUACUUGUACGUGAAACGGUUAAUUUCUCGAGCUUGAUGCGAAUAUACG